AUGGCGGUCGCGCGCGAGGCUGUCGCGGCGGAAUGCUGGCGAAACGGCGGCUUCUGCGCGACUGCGACGCGUGCCGUGGGCGUCCCUGCACGGGCGCUCCGGGCGCGGUGGCGCGUCGCCUUGCACGGUGACGGCGAUGACGACGCGACGACUGCCCGCCGGCGACGGCUUCCUGCCCACGCGUGCACACCGAUCCGCCCUGUCGUCCCAGAUCUGGGCACCAGCGGCGGCGCAGGCACCGACGGCGACAGCCGACACAUCCCCACUCUGCGAUCCCCUGCGCCCGCGUUCCCCGACACGAUCCCUCACGCGUCUGCCCAGUACCCCGCUCGCCCGCAGUCCCCCGCACAGGCCCUCUGGCCAGUCGGUGCGCGAGCCGGCAUCCACUCGCAUCGACCCUCGCUCGCCACCGCUGCGUACGCGCUCGCUCCCACGCUGUCCCUACUCGCUCCCUCCCUGUCCCUACUCGCUCCCUCCCGCACAUCCCCCAGCAACCCGCUCGCUGCACACGUCUUCGCCCGCGCAGACCGUCCCCUCUCUCCCGCCGAUCUUCGCGUCCGCGAUCAAGACGUCUCCGCGUGCAUGACAAGACCGCCGCGUCCCCGGUGCACGCCAGCGAGGGCGGCCGAUCAGAAGACACGCGGGCGGCGACGGAAUCCGGCACACCCCAGCCGUCGGGAGGCUGGAGAUACAGACCGCCUGUCGUCGUCAGCGGAGACGGGCAGGGAGACGCGAGCGGAGAGCAGAGACGACGCGGCGGUCGUCCGGCGCGAGGCGCUUUGGGAAGCGCGAGACGGGAUGAGGCGGCGGAGAGACGGCGCGCGUCUCAGCCCAGCACGACGCGUGACGGAGCGAAGGUCGCAGGCGGCUGGUUGCCGUGGGGAGAGAGGACACGCAGGGUCGGGUGCAGCACCCUCGCGUGCACCGGCCAACGCGCACCCGCAUCGGACACGGCGCGAGGCGCCGACCGCGCUCGUCGGUGGCGGCCCCGUGGGUGUGUUCCGUCCCGGCUGGUACGCGCACGGUGUGUUGGUCGCCUCGACGCCGGCGCCACGGCCGACGAACCGGGUCAGCACAGAUCGUCCGCGGGCGCAGGCGCUCACAUGGACGGCCUCGGUCGGAAAACGCGUGCUCCCGUGCGGUCGGCGGGCCUCGCCGUGGACGGUACCGGCGGGGGUAUGGGCUCUCGAGGACCGCACAUGGAUGGGGCAGCAGCUUGCGCUCGGACGGCCUCAGAGACGGCGCGCAGGAUGUCCUGUGCAGCUCGCGCCGGGUGGACGCGGUGCCCCGUCCGCGUGA